GGGAUAGUCAAAACCAUAGAGACUUAACUACAUAUGUAUUUUACAUCCAUGGUAUUCAUAUGGUCAAAACAAGGAUGGAGGAAACUGGAAAAUACAAGAAGUAAAUGAAGAAACCAACAGCUACAGCAAUAAUACCGAAGAGGUCGGCGAAAGCACAUCUUCUGAGGACAACUUGGGGAAGUUGGCCUGUGUUGAACAAUAAACAUUUUAAAUAUAUUGACCGUUCUCAGUCCAAAAUGGCGGCAGCGACUGUUGUCAAAAAAGCACUGGAGUUUCUUCUCUAUGUGACAACUAACGUUAGCCCUAAUCACCUCACCUGUGUACACCUGUAAACGCUCCUUCUCUGAGUUGUGGCCGAGUGCCCUGGAUGGAUAUGAUGUGAUGGAUCUUCUGCAGAGAAGAAGACCAGAAACAACACCUGGGUUAAGCUGACAUGCAGAAACGUCUCCACUGGACCAGGAUGGGGAUUUACUUCCACCGUCAGGAGAGGGAUAUGUAGUCACAAUAAAGCACCGAAUGGCCCUUGAUUGGCCCCAGGCCCCUGGACUCCCACAUCGGCUGGCCACGGCCCCAAAGUCGAGGCAUUGUAAACACGGAGCGAAAGCCAAGGGCUGAUACUGAUAUCCCCAAAGAGUCUGGACCUGGCCAGGUUUUUGUCACGUGGCUCCUGGUUUCUCUUCCUCACCUCGUCAGCAUCCCUCUCACCUCUCUGCAGCCUGACGGCGGAGCAGCCAGCAGCUGACCCCGGCUGCAUGGCAGCAGCCCACUUCAAACUCACCGCAGGCCCCUGACGAAGACGACGCAGGAAGAGAAAACAACAAGACAGUCAGGGAAAAGUCACCCGAACCACCCAGCAGCACUUUUCACGAUGGCAACCAACAGGGAGCACCAAGUGCGUCACAUGACCGGCUUCCCCAGAGCUAUGUACCCGUUCACCUUCAACUCCAUGCGGAGCCACUCCCCCUUUGACCUGCUGGCCAGUAGCCACCUCUUCGGCCGGUUUGGGGCAGACCUUCCCAAAGAGAUGGCUGCAUUGUCGGUGGAGACGCAGAGCACCAGCUCAGAGGAGAUGGUGCCCAGCUCUCCUUCCCCUCCUCCUCCGCCUCGCGUCUACAAGCCGUGCUUCGUGUGCCAGGACAAGUCGUCUGGUUAUCACUACGGAGUGAGCUCCUGUGAGGGCUGCAAGGGUUUCUUUCGGCGCAGUAUCCAAAAGAACAUGGUGUACACCUGCCACCGAGACAAGAACUGCCAGAUCAACAAAGUGACCCGCAACCGCUGCCAGUACUGUCGGCUUCAGAAGUGCUUUGAGGUCGGCAUGUCCAAAGAGGGUGAGAAGAAGAUAUCAAUCACGGUGCGUAACGACAGGAACAAAAAGAAGAAGGAUGUAAAGGAGGAGGUGGUGCUGCCGGAGAACUAUGAGCUGAGUGGAGAACUGGAGGAGCUGGUUAACAAAGUCAGCAAAGCUCACCAAGAGACCUUUCCAUCUCUGUGCCAACUAGGAAAAUACCACACAAACUCAAGUGCUGACCACAGAGUACAGCUGGACUUGGGCCUGUGGGAUAAGUUCAGUGAGCUGUCCACUAAGUGCAUUAUAAAGAUUGUGGAGUUUGCCAAGCGGCUACCAGGCUUCACUACGCUCACCAUCGCUGACCAGAUCACCCUCCUCAAAUCUGCAUGUCUGGACAUCCUGAUGCUCAGGAUAUGCACUCGCUACACCCCAGAACAGGACACAAUGACCUUCUCAGAUGGUCUGACUCUCAACAGGACCCAAAUGCAUAACGCUGGCUUCGGUCCACUCACAGACCUGGUAUUUGCCUUUGCUGGUCAGCUGCUGCCUUUGGAGAUGGACGACACAGAGACGGGCCUACUCAGUGCCAUCUGCCUCAUCUGCGGCGACCGUAUGGAUCUGGAAGAGCCACAGAAGGUAGACAAGCUGCAGGAGCCGUUGCUCGAGGCUCUGAAGAUCUACACCCGCCGCAGACGCCCAAACAAGCCUCAUAUGUUUCCCCGCAUGCUGAUGAAAGUCACAGACCUCCGAGGAAUCAGCACUAAAGGUGCAGAAAGAGCCAUCACACUGAAGACGGAGAUCCCGGGCCCCAUGCCUCCAUUGAUCAGGGAGAUGCUGGAGAACCCCGAGCUCUUCGAGGACAGCAGCGACUCAGGGGACAGCGCCGCGGCCGCUCCCCCUGCCGUUCAAGCCAUCAAACAAGAGGAGAAGGCCACGGACGAGUCGACCGUUGAGGAGGAAGAGGAGGAGGAAGAGGACGACUACUGGGACGAGGAGAAAGAGCGAAGGGCGGACAGUGACGGGGAGCCGUCGGGGGAGGCGGCAGCGGGCGUGCAAAAGAAAGGCGUGACUGGGAAAACACAGUGAGAGAGACAUGAUGAUGCUGCUUCCGCCUUCAGAUCACUGAGCCCUCGCCCAGCAAUAUCUCCUCCCAGAAACCUCACAGAAUUAGGCUCUUAUACAACUACGGUGUUGCAUACAGCACAUAUUUACAUAUACUGUACAUGUUGACUGAAAGGAAAAUGUGUUAAAUUCAACAUAGGAAGCAACGAGUGGGAGAAGCGAAAGCACUAAAUGUCAGUGGGCUGAGGAGAACGCCAUGAAAAAUCACUGUGCCAAAAUGAGACUGUCUAAAAGAUAUUUCAAAAGUGUUUCGUCCACCCAAAGAGGAACGAGAGGUGGUGGACAGAAGAGAAUGCACUCCUCCGCUAUCUAUAAGGGCUAUGCUUUAUAUAUAAUUGAUGAUAACAGUACAUUGCAACAACAGAACUCUAUGUGGUGUCCAUUUUGCCGCAAACGUCUUCUCAGAAUUCCUUUUAUUACGAUUCAGAGAUAUGCGACUUAUUUUUUUAUUGUAUGGUUUUUCUAAGCAUGUACACAUUUCUGUUCUGUCUCUGUGUUGCUUAUUUUGGUAUAUUUUUUCACUCAGUCCUGCUCACGUUUGACUGGACAUAUGUGAUUUUUCUUCUUUAAUUUUAUGCAUUUCUGCGUGAUUGGACACGGUGAAAAAGCAAUAGCAAAGAUAGUAAAGAGAGCAAUAGCAAAGAGAGAGCAGGACUCAAACUCAACCAGCACGUGGUAUGAAAAUCUCUGAUGGGUAAAACUAGAGGAUAAGAGGUGCUCAGAUCUGGUGCUUGUGAUGCAAAUAAGACUAAAACAUAUAAUGCAAAACAAUGCAGCACCACCUCUCGACAAAAACACACAAUCAUUUUUAAAAGACUAAUGAAUCUGCAGGGUAGAUUUAACGUCAUCACACAAUCUCAGGUUGAUUCUGUCGGGGCCACGUCUCACCUGUCAAUACAGUAUUUUCUCAGAAAUGCUCUGACAUAACGGCUCCAACAAAAACAAUCUUCCUACACCAAGGAGUAGUGAUUAUUAAAAAUUGACAUUUUUGACCAUGCUGUACAUGUGCAUGCCCUUAGUACAGCAACGUAAGCCAUAAUAUUUUAAUUUUGUAAGAGUGUGCAAAGAAUGGACAUAACCCGUAACAGCAGUUUACUUCACAGAAAACCUCAGGUGUGUAUGUGUGUGUGCAUGAGUGUGUAACUGAGAGCAUUUACCAAUACACAGAGAUGUGAUGUUACCGUCAUUACUGCCAUAAUCCACAGUGAGCAUUUAUGCAGAAUUAUUCGUAUCUUUAAAAACGCACAUAGCGUUUGUAGCAAAAAACGUUUAAAAAUUCACUCACCCAAAGACGUGUGUUGGACAGUAGGACAUUGAUGCCGAUGCAAGCUGACCAAGAAUCACAUGAUCCAUUAACUGAGGUUUCAACCGUCCAACAUAAUCAACAACAAAACAAAAAGCUUUACAUUGGGUGACCCCGUCUGCUGAAGCACAGGACGAUAGUUUCAAAUAAUGUGUGUGCUGUAUCUAAUGAGUGAUGGAUUUUGUAAAAUAAAUACUUAUAAUUUGUUUUUCAUUGAGACUAUAAAGCUUUUUUUUCUACGCAAGAUGUAUAAAAAUGUCAUUACCUGUAUUGAAAGACAAUGUGAGUGUCCGUAAUAGUUGUAAAGGAAAAGAUUCUCCAUCAGCGUGUUCAGUCCUUCAUGUACAGCUGCAACGGACUUUUGAUGUUGAUAUGAGGGAUAAAAAGAUGAAGCUAGUGUAUCUGAAAAAAGGACUGCAUGUUUCUGAUAAUCAUAUAUGGAGACAUUCACUCCCUGAAUGGAGCAGAGAGAGAAGAUGUAGAGAAUAUAAGCAGGAAACAGAUGCUACAUGAAACACACCAGGAGCUUUGGAGCAGUGACCAUGUAUACAAGUUAGAUUUCGUCUUUAGCACCAGAUGUAAAGCCAUCAAGUACACAGAAGUUGAUUCAAGUAUUAAAUAAUCAACACCGAUGCCAUAAUGAUGUUUUUAGACUGUUAAAUUGUCAUUUGUUAUAUUAUAGGUUGAACAUCGCAAUCAUAUGACUGAGGUCAAAAGAUAAGAGUUAUCGUCAGUGUUUAUCUUCAUUCUGUUUCUCUUCAUCUGUCACACACAGAGACGCACAGUCAAUAUUUUGCACAUCGUCAGCCAACUCUACAUACUAUGUUAUUUUAUUAUUUAAAUAUCACAUAACUACGAUAUUUCAUAAUAACACGUUUUCCUGUUUUUUCUUCGUCAUCUGUUUCUUAAGCUAUUUUCUUGAAUUUGAGCUGGUGCAAUAACAAGCCAUGGAAGAGGUCACAAAGGCCUCAGCUCUAUAUGUAAGCAUGUAAGAAAAAUAAUAAUAAAAAAAGAAGACCAAAGAUAUUACAUUACAUUUGGACAAAAACAGACAAAACAUUACUUAAUACAACUUCUAUUAAGGUCAUUGAUGUGAAAUAUAUUCACUUUGUAUUGUGUGAUAGAGGAAAACGUCAUGAUCUCACAUGACUUUUGAAGCUGGAACCAUCUUAUCUCUGUUACAUGUCGUUGUUUUUUAACUGAUGUCUUUUUAUAAACACAAUCUUUAUAGUGUGCAAAUAACUUGUGUUCAUGUUCAGGGAUUCAGACACCUCAUUAUUUCAAUUGGACUUAUACCAAACUAACUGACACACACACACACACAGACACGGAAAAACAAAGACUGGGCUGAUCUGUUCUUGUUUUUACAUUUUGAUUUUUGCUUAUUUGUUGCUUGUUGUUUGCUUAUUUGUUAUUUGUCUUUCUUGUAUUUUGAUAAAGGCGCUUUUUGUUCUCAGACCA